GAUGUUGCCAGGGCUAUCGAGCUGCUGGAGAAGCUGCAGGAGUCGGGCGACGUCCCUGGUCACAAGCUCCAGUCUCUGAAGAAGGUCCUUCAGAGCGAGUUCUGCACGGCCAUCAGAGAGGUGUACCAGUACAUGCAUGAAACAAUUACGGUGAAUGGCUGUCCAGAGUAUCAGGCGAGGGCCACAGCCAAGGCUACAGUCGCCGCCUUCGCAGCCAGUGAAGGUCACUCUCACCCGCGUGUGGUGGAGCUUCCGAAGACGGAGGAAGGUCUGGGCUUCAACGUGAUGGGUGGCAAGGAGCAGAACUCGCCCAUUUACAUCUCCCGCAUCAUUCCCGGAGGCGUGGCUGAGAGGCACGGCGGCCUAAAGCGAGGAGACCAGCUCUUGUCUGUCAACGGCGUGAGCGUGGAGGGAGAGCACCACGAGAAGGCGGUGGAGCUGCUGAAGGCGGCCAAGGACAGCGUGAAGCUGGUGGUCCGCUACACCCCCAAAGUGCUGGAGGAGAUGGAGGCUCGCUUCGAGAAGCUGCGCACGGCCCGGCGGCGUCAGCAGCAGCAGCUCCUCAUGCAGCAACAGCAACAGCAAAACCUGGCCUCUCAGCAGAACCACAUGUCGUAGGUUGUUCCAAAAGAAGAAGAAGUAAAGGAGAGCGAAUACGGUGGAUCUGUAAGACCAUCUGUUUGUGUUGAGGAUCCCAAAGGAAUCUCCCCGUCACGGAGGAAAACCAACAAGUACAAGACUCUUUAACUUACUCUCUCUCCCUUCCAGUGUACCGCCGAUUACUGAGCAAAAACAAAGAGAGCGUUUGUCCCGAAAUUGGUGCUUCGAAAAACAAGUAUGAGGGAGGCUAACACUGAAAGUCGUCCAGUUUAACUUUGUAUGCCCUUUUCUAAGUUCUCCUCCCCUGUGACUUUUACCGACGCUCCCUUUCUUGUGUUUGUCGUUUCGUUUACAGUCCCUCCAUUUUGAUUGCUUCCAUCCAUUAUGCAGUGGAACCUUUUUGCCAUUUUUGCCCUAGAUAUCAUUUGUACAGUGGUGUUUCUAUUGAUUCUUCAACUGGUGCUUGUGUCUCCGUAUGAAUGACCAUCGGUUUCUUUUAUGUGUCAGACUUGUCCUGUUUUGGAUAAACGUGAACUCUUUUUUACCUUCUAUAUUGUAGCAAGAAGAGGAUUUUGUAUUCUGUAGGUUUAGCAAUAACACACAUUCUUCAGUUUUUAACCACUAAAUUCACGAUCCAACGCACACAAACACAGUUUAUGUGCAAACGUAAGUCAUUGGAAAGCAAACCGGGUCUUAUGCACUGUACGGCAGCUUCUCCGUCCAAAUCGGUGCCAUUUAAAGAGAUUAUUGAUUUACAGGCGGCAUGUACAGUUAAUGUGCAAUAACUGCGAUUAACAGAAGACUUUAUAAGCUACUCCCAACUGAAAUUUAUCGAGAAAAUAUAUGCUACAAAGAGGUUCGGUGUCCUGUUCCCGACAGAUUAACAGAAUGUCAUCCGUUUUCAUUUCAACAGAGCGGGAAUUAAAUUUUAAAAACAGAUGCUAGAAUUAUCUUUAUUUUUUAGAACCUGUGUAUUUUAUAGUUUAUGAGAUCAGAGAUUUAACAUAAAGUUUUAUUGUUCCUCAGAUUAUUAUUUCAGAUGUUUUUAUUGUAUAAGGCUGAGCACGUAGGUUAUGUGGAUCUAUUCCUUGCGUUUUUGUUUGGACAAUCAUUGUGAGAAGUGUUGAGACUGAGUGGAAUGUUUUUUUUCCUCUGUAUCUGUAAGAGAAAUCAGCUUUUCUCUCCCAUCCAAGAGAUGAAGUUGUAAUCCACCAGGACUGUGUUUACUUUUGUCUCCAUCUCUGGUGCUAAGUCCUCCUUGUUGUGUCUUUCUUUUUUCUGUUUUUACUCUGCAUUUCCCUGAGUUCACUUAUUUGUCAUCUUUCGCAUCUCUUGUGUUUAUUGUUGAUAUUAUUUUUUUGUCAUUUUCUGUAGGUAGGUGACGUUCUUUUCUUUUUGUUCGUGCAACCAUACAGGCUUCACCACUGAAACUUUUCUUUUUCAGUUUAACCAGAACAUAAAACACAUCACUUAAAUUUAAAUGAAUACCAGAGGGGUUUCUUUUCCCCCAUGAGAGACCAAGUACACUCUGUAUGCUAAUAACAGCUAGUAUAAGAGCUGCUGAUGUUAAAAAAGUUGCAUUUUUAUUGGAAAUGGUGCAGAUAAUGUCUUUAGAAUGGCUUUGGGGAUUCAUUGAUAGUAAACGAUGAUUUCAUUUCAAACUUAUCUGGUUUACACUAUAUCUACUUGCACAAUUUCAACUCCAGAAGAGCAAAAGUCUUCUCCAUUUCCCAAAAAAUCCUGUUAGCAUCAAGGUCUACUUUGCAUUAAGUGGCUGUAAUGCUCAGAUUUUAUGUAAUAUUCAGACAUUUUUAGUCUCUUGCUCACUCUUCAAACAGUACAUCUCAAUAUGACAGAACCCUUUUUGUAUCUUUAAAUUACAGGUACUCUUUCUUAAUUGACUUGCAUUUUUGAAGCUGAUGGUCCUGCACUUACCGUAAAGAUUAAAAAAAAGGACAACAAACUGUUGAUAUGCAAUUGUUAUACAUACUAUAUUUGUAUAAAUAAAUCUAUGUGCUUGUGUACAGUGA